AUGGAUUAUAUCAAGGAUGUUCCUGGGAGGUUAUUCUCCUUUCGAUACGCCAUGAUUAAUGAGGAGGUCGAAACAGAGAACUCAGAGGGGCACUUCCCGCCCUUGUGUGACACAGCUCUCCUGUUCUUGUUUUGUGCCAAUCAACAAAUGGAUUCCAAACUGCACCAAAAGGCCCCGUCGGCGUUCAAAAUUUUGAUGGAAAGAGAUACCAUGAGCCAAGUCAGCAUGUCGAUGUUGGACGAGGAUUGUAAAUUCCGGGAUUUCCGCUAUAAUUGUCUGCGGGACAGAGCACCGCCGGCUCAGAAGAAGGCCCACUACACGAGGCUUGCUUUGCAUGAAGAAAAAGCAGACCAAUGCCUCCUCAUAGUUGACUACCGUCUGGCUGGCGCCAAGGGUGUUUCCAUCGAGGGUACUGCACCAAGUGGUUUGAAAUUGCCAAACGGUUGGGAUAUGUAUCUGUCCUACGAUAACGUCCCCGGUACCUGGGAAACAAACCCCUAUGGGGACUUCUUUGUGACAAAGUGCGAUGAAAUCCUUCUGGAAACUUGCAUGGACUAUACCAAGGUGAUGCUGCCCGUUUUCCCACAUUCGGUUUUGCCGGACAAGGAAUCAAAGCUCUACCAGCUGCUUACCAAUGGAGGGAAAUACGAAACGGGAGUUUUGUUGGAAGAGGAUGGUUCCGGUUACGAUCGCCUACGUGAAUUCCACUUUCCCAUUCCAUCGCCUGGUGCCCUGUCUCUUCUUAAUAAAGAAGUAGACCAGUACACACAGAACAAGAUAAAAGGCCUUAACAGGUCCAUUGGAGCCAUGGCAAAGUGGUGUGUGAAAAGCCACAAUCCAGAGAUUGAAGAUCAGAAAAUGUCGGUCACCAUAGCUGGGUGCAUCCAGGUCUCCAAGACAGGAAACCGUAGCACCAGGACCGAGGUUCCUCAUCGGGAAAACAAGACGGAAGUUUUGAAGCAAUGGGUGGGGGGAGCAACAUUGAAGAAGGGUCAGUUGCCACCCCUGUUGGAAGAAGAUCCCGAGUUCCAUCCAUGGGCCCCCCAUCAGAACAAUACAUCGCAUGGGCGUGUCUUGCCGAGGAAUGGCAGAGGCAACUUUCCAAUGGCCAAUAUCGAAAGGAUGAAUGGAUGGUUUGCAUCGGGAGAAGUCGAAGAUUGGAGUACCGACAAGGAAGGGUUUAGUCACAUUAGGAACUAUUGCCAGGACUCUCAGGGGACCAAGAACAAAAAGAAGUCAUGCAGCCAAAGCAGAGGACGAAAUUCCGGAAGGCAGCGUGAAGACAACAACUGGUGA